AUGGCUCCCAGGGGAAACGACAGUGACUUAAUGCUCCUAACUUUAAUGCUAAGGAUUUAUUAUAAUGGCAACGUUGAUAGGGUGGAAGAUGACAUUCUACCCAGUGGUCGGUUAGCUUGUCUAACGAGUCCCGACGCUAGUGUGAUGCUAGCAUUCG